AUGGGGCCGGCGCUGAGGAACUGCGUGCGGACUCUCCUGCUGCUCGGCUGCCUGACCUGCUUCUGCGCGGGGAUCAGCUCCAUAGACAUUGACCGCCCCGGUGACGGGAGGUGCCAGCCUAUAGAAAUCCCCAUGUGCAAGGAUAUAGGGUACAACAUGACGAGGAUGCCUAAUCUGAUGGGGCAUGAAAACCAAAGGGAAGCUGCCAUUCAGCUGCACGAGUUUGCCCCGCUGGUGGAGUACGGUUGCCACAGCCAUCUAAAAUUCUUCCUCUGCUCCCUCUAUGCCCCGAUGUGCACGGAGCAGGUUUCUACGCCAAUCCCUGCCUGCAGGGUUAUGUGUGAGCAGGCAAGGCUGAAAUGCUCUCCUAUUAUGGAGCAGUUCAAUUUUAAGUGGCCAGACUCCUUAGACUGCAGCAAACUGCCCAACAAGAAUGACCCGAAUUACCUCUGCAUGGAAGCCCCCAACAACGGAUCAGAUGAGCCCCCCAGAGGAUCCAGCAUGCUGCCACCCAUGUUUCGGCCGCAGAGGCCCAGCAGCGGUCACGAUCUGCAGCAGCACAAGGACAGCCUCAGCAGAGCGACCUGUGAAAAUCCUGGCAAGUUCCACCAUGUGGAAAAAAGUGCUUCCUGUGCCCCGCUCUGCACGCCGGGGGUUGAUGUUUACUGGAGCAAGGAUGACAAACAGUUUGCUGUCAUUUGGAUUGCCAUCUGGUCCAUUUUGUGCUUCUUCUCCAGUGCUUUUACUGUACUUACUUUCUUGAUAGAUCCUCAGCGUUUCAAGUACCCCGAGAGGCCCAUUAUCUUCCUUUCCAUGUGCUACUGUGUCUACUCAGUGGGGUACAUUAUUCGCCUCUUUUCAGGUGCUGAAAGCAUAGCCUGCGAUAGGGACAGCGGCCAGCUCUAUGUCAUCCAGGAAGGACUGGAGAGCACUGGCUGCACUAUUGUGUUCCUGGUUCUGUAUUACUUUGGUAUGGCGAGCUCCUUGUGGUGGGUAAUCUUGACUUUAACUUGGUUUCUAGCGGCUGGGAAAAAAUGGGGACAUGAAGCAAUUGAAGCAAACAGUAGCUACUUUCACUUGGCAGCAUGGGCCAUUCCAGCUGUGAAGACUAUAAUGAUCCUAGUUAUGAGAAGGGUAGCUGGAGAUGAGCUGACAGGGUUGUGCUAUGUUGGAAGCAUGGAUGUGAAUGCCUUGACUGGAUUUGUACUCAUUCCUUUGGCUUGUUAUCUAAUCAUUGGCACCUCUUUUAUUCUUUCUGGUUUUGUGGCUCUUUUUCAUAUCAGGAGGGUGAUGAAAACAGGUGGAGAAAAUACUGACAAGUUGGAGAAACUUAUGGUCAGGAUUGGCGUUUUCUCAGUCUUGUAUACAGUGCCUGCAACUUGUGUGAUAGCCUGCUAUUUUUAUGAAAGACUUAAUAUGGAUUAUUGGAAAAUUGUGGCAACUCAACAGAAAUGCAAGAUGAACAAUCAGACUAAAAAUUUAGACUGCAUGAUGAAUAACUCUAUUCCAGCAGUAGAAAUUUUUAUGGUCAAAAUUUUUAUGUUAUUAGUUGUUGGCAUUACUAGUGGCAUGUGGAUCUGGACUUCCAAGACUCUUCAGUCCUGGCAAAAUGUCUGUAGUCGAAGAUUAAAGAAGAGAAGUAGGAGAAAACCUGCAAGUGUUAUUACAAGUAGUGGAAUCUACAAAAAACCUCAGCAACCGCAGAAAAGUCACCAUGCAAAAUAUGAAUCAACAUUACAACCACCCACUUGUGUGUGAGUGAGUUUUAGACAAGGUUAUAUCUCAUCCUAUAGACUUAUGUAUGUCCACAGCAGCAGUCAGAAAUUAAAAAAUAAAAUGGUGCUUUAUGUCAGAGGACGGUUUAAUAGCUCAAGGCAAAAAAUGUAUCAUGCUGAAUUCAGGAGCUGGUGAAGAACUGAAGGUAAAUGUACUUAUGGAAAGGUUUUCAGUGAAAGAAAUGUUGUGAAUUGAACAGCUUCUGUUACUAAUUUGUAAUAAGAUACUUCAUCCAGCCCUCAGAGUUUAAAACAAACAAACAAACAAAAAACCAAAACUACUUAACUUUUUUCAUGUAGCUGAGCUGGAUUUCCUACAGGUUUCUGAGUAACAAGAUAUAGUCAAAUUUUAAGGAGCAAAGAUUUUCUUUGAAAAAGCACCCAAGUGAGCAUUGUCUCUGGGGGAAGCUAAGGUCCCAAGGAGGCCUGUGCUCAGUAAGUAUACUAUCUGUGAAAGUAGCUUCCAUGCUAACUUUAAAAAAAAAAAAAAGAGAGAGCGAGCGGGAGAGCGGAAUCUUUUACAACUCAUCUCAGCCCAGUGGGUUUGGCGUUUCUAAAAAUAGAUCCUAUCGAUAACGCUCACGAAUAUUCUUUCACUAAAAGAGAAACUUCCUGCACCAGACACAAACUUUGUGAAUAAGAAUAAUGUGCAAUACAUUUUUUUUUCUUACCAUGACAUGAAAAGAGAAACAAGUAUUUUGCUGUACAUAAAGACAACAAAAGAAAUCUCUUAACAAAAGAACUAAAAGGUCUAGUCCUCAGAAACCCUUUAGUGUUACAUUUUGUGGCUUUUUAAUGGAAAUCAAGCCAAUGUUAUACACGUUUGGACUGAUUUGUGCAAAAAAAGGGGGGGGGAUCAACUCAAAGAGACCCAAAGGGCUUAUUGACUCUUUCUAUUGUUAAACAAAUUCUCACGAUGAAUAGAUCAAGAAGCACUAGAUUCUGCAAAGGGAAGCUUUGUAUAGAGUGAUGCUCUUUACUGUGCUGAGGGUGCACAGUUUUGUGUUGUAUAUAUUUGUAAUAUACAAUUAUUUUUCAU